AUGGAUGAAAGAAAUUCAGUGAGUUAUUGGUACAAAAUACCAAAAGGAUUCCUAAGGCUGUGUUUUAUUUUGAUAAACAAUUUAUACUGUAUACCUACGUAUGUUAUGUGGAUGAUCCUGUUGUUACCACUUAGAAAAGUCAAUCCAGAUGUGUACUGGAGGAUAGAAAGCUUUUUUUUCCAUUGGCUUUUGGGGAUGGUAUCCCUUUGGAGCUACAGUGCAGGAUUUGAUAUUGUAGAAGUGGGUGAUGAUAUUACGCCUUGUUUAGAAGACAGGACACUAGUGAUAGCGAAUCAUCAAUCCACAGCUGAUGUGCCUUUAUUAUUCUCUUGUUUCAAUCCCAAAAAGCAAAUUUUGCCCAACAUCAUGUGGAUUAUGGAUAGCGUAUUUAAAUACACAAAUUUCGGGAUCGUCAGUUGCUUGCAUAGAGAUUUUUUUAUUAAAGCGGGUAAAGCGACUCGAGAUAAAUCGUUGAAGGAUUUCGAACAACAUUUGCUCGACGUGUACAUACCGUUGAGGAGAAAAUGGCUAAUGCUGUUCCCCGAAGGCGGCUUUCUGCGGAAAAGAAAAGCCGUUUCGCAUCGAUACGCCGAGAAAAUGAACUACCCCAAAUACGAAUAUGUCACCUUACCAAGAGUAGGCGCCAUGCAAGUAAUCAUGGAUACUUUGAAUAAGAAGCCGGUUGUUAACAACAACUUGAACUUUUCAAGAAAUUUUACACGACCUUCAGACGACUGUGGCGAAAUUCCUCGAAUCGAGUGGAUUUUGGACAUAACAAUAGCGUACCCAAACGGUUGGCCUAUCGACCUCCAGCACAUCGUGUUCGGUAAUCGGGCACCAUGCCAAACUGUUUUCUUUUACCGAUUGUACCCCAUCAAAGAAUUGCCCCAAGAGACGGAGGCGAUGACGAAGUGGCUGUUCGACAGAUGGGCGGAAAAGGAGAACAUGUUGGAAACGUUUUAUAGGACUGGUUCGUUUCCGUGCGCGUUCAGCCGGAUUAAAUAUCAUCCGCCGAAAGUUGUGGUUCAGGAUUACCUGCAGUACGCCAUAGUGCACGUAUUCUUUUUAGUGUCGACGUAUAUACACGCACAAAUGUUUAUAGCCGCGUAUAAUUAUUACUGUUAUUUAGUUUAUUAG